CGAGCUGUUGUGGAGCUGUUAGCCGCUUUAGCAUCAUAUGACAUAUUACAAUCAUAAUUCAGCGACACACCAAAUAUGUUUGACUGAUAUAUUUACGAUAUACACACUAGAGCUCAUACUCGACGAGUCUCGCUUAAUGUUUGUCAUUUAAAUUACUGAAGUAAACUUAAGACAUAUUCGUGACUGGCAGCCCGAGCUAACAGCUAAACUAGCUCAAUGUGCUAAAAACAACUUAAACUCUUUAUUAUUUUUACAAUAUACUUUCAUUGAUUUUAAGUUUGCGAGUGUCUUUACUCACUAAAUCACACGUUAAAGCUAUAUAAAUGAGCAGGAUUAACUGAUCUGUUAUCUGUUUUAAAUCCGAAUGUUUGUGAUAAAAUGGAUCUUUUAAUUCAUCAGUUCAUCAAUAAAAUGAACAACAACAUAAGUAGACUGCAUUAUAACUCAUAUGAGGAUGAUUCAGGGACAUCCAGGGUUCAUGUGCUAGACUCAGGACCUCCACCUGUGAGCCCAACCAAGAGAAAACACCAUGAUGACCACGACUCGGAUGAAGAACACAUGAACAAAAUGAGCCGCUUACUGGUGUCACAUCUGAGAAAUCCUAAUGGUGACAAUGUGAUUCAGGAAUCAUGGAAUCGCAGUUCAUUUGAACACACAUCUCUCAGUGGUCUACAUAAUCAUCAUGUGUUUGUGCCAUUCCCCAUAUUUGCAAUGGAUCAGCCACUUGCAUUGACCAAACAAAGCUCAGAUUUGACCAGAAGUACUCAACUCUCACCUGGACCCAACACACAGCUCCAGCAGAAUCGUCCUUCUGUGAUCACGUGUGCUCCUGCGAGCAGCCGCACAUGCAGUCUGUCCAGCUGUCACAUGUCUCCUAACAGCUGCAUCUCUGGAUCCAUCAACAAAACCAAUGCAAAUACCGUGUGUGACCCUGUGAUUGAGGAGCACUUCCGCCGCAGUCUAGGGGACAUCUAUAAAGAGCCAGAGCCCAUCUCUAACUCAGUGUCCAUCACAGGCUCUGUGGAUGACCACUUCACUAAAGCACUGGGUGACACCUGGUUACAGAUCAAAGCCAGAGGCCACGGCCCUACAACCCCACAGCCCAAAUCAUCCUGAGGGCUGAUGUUAAACCUGUCUAAACACCUUAAGAUGAACCAUGAUGAUGGCAACAACUUGAAAACAGCUGGGCCUUUAAGAAGGACCCAUGAGUUUAGUUUGAAUGACAUCAGAGCAGUGUUAUGUGGAGUAUAUAUGGUGAGACUACAUAAGCCAGCCUUUAGGUUUUACAGAUCAAAGUGAGACUGUUAUCAUGUUGCUUCACCCUGUUUCAUUUGUGUUUCAUGUUUGAUAUGUGGUAGUUAUAAUCUGCUAGACAGGUUAAAAAAUAAUUUCCUCCUACACUUAUGAAUCCAUCAAGUGCUUUUAACCAACAAUGUCCAAAGAUUGAUCUAAUAAUUCACCAGCUCACAUUUGUGAAAUGUGCAGUUUAUGUUUCACACCACAAUCAAAAUAAUAUAUGAAGAUUAUAUUAAUGACUAGCGUAGGAUAAUUAAGCAUGUUUUACCAGCUGUGUCGUGAAAUGCU